AGCAAACAUGACAAUAAAGCUUUUGGGGAGACUGGACACUGGGAGAACGGUGGAAAACCAUGGAAUAAACUAAGUGCAAAGAAAUCCCAAAAGCUUUCCCUCCUUUACCUUUAAACACUUCCUCUUUCUUCUCACUUUCCAAAACCCAAUAGCCCCACAGAAACACAAUACAAAAAAACAAAAAAAAAAAAAAAAAACAGAGAAAAUACUCGUUCUAUCUGUCUUUCUCAGAUACCAAACUCACACAGCAAGCGAAAGAAGCCCAAAAGCCAAUUCUUUUCUCUCACCCAUUCUCAUUCUCUUGGUGGGUCUCAGCCAUUGUCCAUUUUUAUAUGUUGAAAGACAACUAGAAGCUACUGAUGGAAACUGGAGGAUACCCAGCUGUUGCAAUGCAAAAGCCUACCCUUACUCCCAAGGCUGUUAUAAAAAAAAGAUUUGGCGAUCAGGCAUGCUAUAAAGUUGAGGAAGUAGUGGAGUCUACUGAAAUUGGUUGCCCAGGAUUGGCCAUCACACAAAAGGGUCCUUGCCUUUAUCGUUGUAGCUUGCAACUUCCUGAAGUUUCUGUUGUGUCAGGAACCUUUAAAAAGAAGAAGGAAGCUGAGCAAUCUGCCUCUGAGUUGGCCUUGGAAAAGCUUGGCAUCCAUCUUACAGAAAAUAACCCUACUUCGGAAGAAUCAUGGGAUGAUGUGGUUGCUCGUCUCAAAUAUUUAUUCUCAAAUGAGUUCCUCAAAUCUCUUCAUCCUUUAAGUGGUCACUUGAGAGCAGCUUUGCAGAGAGAAGGUGAUCAUUGUGGUUGGAUACCGGUUUCACUGAUUACUAUCUGUGAUUCAAAGAUUUAUAAUCUAUGUAAAUCCAUUGAUCCUAAGGUGGAGUCAAAUCCAUUUUUGGUCAUAUCAUAUGUGAUGAGGGCUGCUGCUAGUUUGUCUGAGGUUGUUUGUACUUCUGAGGGAAAGCUUUGGAUUAGGAGGCAAAUUCAAUACCCUCAUGAAAUUAUUGAUUCAGUUAUCCCAAAACCUGGCUCCUCUGAAAGCUUUUUGAUUAGAGCCAUAAGCAUACCAUGUUUACAAGAGAAGAGUGUUGAAGUAUUAAACCUAAAUGUUUCUUCAACUGGAUAUUACCUUGAUUUUAUUGCAAACCAACUUGGUUUAGUGGAUGCUUCAAACAUUCUGGUUUCUAGACCUAUUGGUAAAGCCUCAUCAGAGACAAGAUUGUACUUUACUGCUCCACAGUCAUAUCUGUUGGAACUGUCUUCGGACUAUUUAAAUGCGAAAGAAGUUAUUGCUUGUGAAGGAUCUUUUAAUGAGCGGGCAAGUUACUUGUCUGGUGAAGAUAUAUAUGGUGAUGCAAUUUUGGCAUCAAUUGGAUACACAUGGAAGUCCAUGGACCUCUUCCAUGAAGAUUUAUCCCUCCAAUCAUACUACAGGAUUAUUCUGGGUAAGAUACCAGGUGGAGUUUAUAAGCUCUCCAGAGGGGCAAUACUUGCAGCUGAGUUACCUUUAGCCUACACUACAAAGACAAACUGGAGAGGUUCCUUUCCAAGAGAAAUUCUUUGCACAUUCUGCCGUCGGCACCGGCUUUCUGAACCUGUCUUCUCUACUAUAAGAACAUCAGAAGCAAUGACCUCAGGAUUAAACAAAAAUUUGAAGGUGAAUGAAUCUGCUGUGGAAGAGACACAGCAUGCUAGUGGGUGUAUAGUUGCUACUGGUGCUAAGGAAGAAGUGGAAUCUGGAGGCACCUUUAGAUGUGAAGUAAAGAUAUAUUCCAAGUUUCAGGAUUUGAUUAUUGAGUGCUCACCAAAAGAUUCUUAUAAGAGGCCGCCUGAUUCCAUCCAGAAUGCAUCUCUGAAAGUUCUUUUAUGGUUAAAUAUGUACUUUAUGAAUCCAGAUAUGCCUGCGGAGAGAUUGAACUGCUCUGCCACUGAACUCAACAUUCAAUUUUAUCCUCAGCACCUUAUGAAAGCAUUUGGGCUGUAUCAAUCUGUUCAAAACUUUUGGCAUAGUGAAAUUCAAGGUGGAAUAUUAUUACAAUCAAACCGUAUGAACAUGCCACAUACUAUGCUUGGACAUGGAAUUGGUUCUUUUAACAUUGAAGGUCCGGAUUCUGGAGUGUCUGCUUCUAAUGGGUGCUUAUCAUGCAUAAGUUACUCUGUAUCGUUGUUGACCGAGGGUGAAAAUACAAAAGAACUUCUUGAAAGUACAGAUGAGUUUGAGUUUGAAAUAGGGUCUGUAUCAGUGAUUUCACAUCUGGAAACAGUUGUAACACAGAUGACUGUUGGUCAGUCUGCCUUUUUUUGUAUGGAUUUGCCCCCCAAAGAGUUAAUUUUAGCUGCAACUGAUGAUUGUGAAAGGGUUGUUCCGAUGUUAGCUUCAAGAACCUGCUGUUUGGAGUACACCAUAACUUUGUUGCGGGUAACAGAACCUCUGGAGGACAGAAUGGAGCAGGCUCUUUUCAGUCCCCCACUUUCAAAACAGCGAGUGGGAUUUGCGGUGCAACAUAUCAAAGAAUCGGGUGCUACUACUUUGGUUGACUUCGGGUGUGGUGCUGGAAGUCUGUUGGAUUCUUUGCUGAAUUAUGAAACUUCUCUAGAAAAAAUUGUUGGUGUUGAUAUUUCAAACAAGAGUCUUGUACGGGCUGCAAAGGUACUUCAUACAAAACUCAGCAAAAAGUCAGAUGCUGAUGUUCCAUUCGCAGAAUUAAAAUCUUUAGUUCUUUAUGAUGGUUCAAUCUUAGAUUUCGACUCCAGAUUGUAUGGAUUUGAUAUUGGCACUUGCUUAGAGGUAAUUGAGCACAUGGAAGAAGAUCAAGCAUGCCUUUUUGGUGAUAUUGUGUUGAGUUCUUUUCUUCCAAGAAUUUUGAUUGUUUCUACCCCGAACUAUGAAUACAAUGUCAUACUUCAGAAGUCUAGCCUUUCAAGCCAAGAAGAAGAUCCAGAUGAUAAAACCCAGUCGCAAUCUUGUAAAUUUCGCAACCAUGACCACAAGUUUGAGUGGACUAGAGAGCAGUUCAACCACUGGGCAACCGAGUUGGCUGCAAGGCACAACUAUAGUGUUGAGUUCAGUGGCGUUGGUGGAUCUGGAGACUUAGAACCGGGUUUUGCUUCCCAGAUUGCUGUUUUUAGAAGGCGAUAUCCAUUGCAAGGAGAUGAUCUUCUUAAGGAUACAGAUAUUGAACGUCAGUAUGAUGUUGUGUGGGAAUGGAAUGGUGGCACUAGAUCAAGAUCUGCUCUUUGAAAAACCAACUCUGUGCUCCAAUUUUUAAGCCAAGUUCACAGAGGAUUAUUUUUGGUUUUCAUUGUGGCUUUUUGAGGUUACUUGACAUUAUAAGUUUGGUGUGAAGGAGAAUUGGUUCAUAUGGAAUGGAAAUACAUGUGCAUGGUGUAAAGAAAACUACUGGGUUACAUUUUGGUCGUCUUUGUGCACAUCGGACAGUGUGUUUUAGAGCUCUAGUGAUUUGGUCAAUGCUCAUUUUAAAGCUGGGUUUUUUUUAAAGCUUUCCUUUUAAUGCUAAAGCCAAGACAUCUUCAAUGUGUUUUAGAGUUCUGAUAUGUUUUCGGAGAUUAUGGUUCAAAAUAAAUAUAAGAAGUUUAGCAAUGUUAUUUGACA